GGCUCAGGCGCGGUGCAUGCUGGGCUGGAGGUGGACAGCUGUCGUCGGUUUUGUGGAGGACCGACGUCAGUGUUUGUGCUGCUCUGGGGAAGAUGGCGGAGGCUGCGGCUGUUCCCCCGCAUCGAUUUUUCUGCCACUGUUGUAAAGGAGAGGUUAACCCCAAACUCCCGGAGUACAUCUGUCCGAGAUGUGAUUCAGGGUUCAUAGAGGAAGUAACAGAAGACUCCAGUCUCCUAGAGGGUGGUGCGAACGGGAUAGAUGACACAGCCACACAGUUUGCAGAGCUAUGGCACCUGUUGUUACUGGAGCGGCCAUUUACAACAGACAAUGACACCCCUGACUCAGAACCUCGGCUCCCUGGAGGACGGCUGGGAGGUCUCAGUGACCUGGGGGGGUUGGGUGGGGGACCAAUCGGGGGUUCAGUCCCAGCAGGCCUUGGGGGACCUAUGGGGGGUCUACUAGGAGCUGGGGAACACUGGGGACCGGGACGCCCCCCUCGCCUGCACAGCCAGAGAAGAUACCGGUCUAGAGGCAGCAGCAGGCCUGACCGCUCGCCCGCUGUGGAAGGGAUUGUGCAACAGUUUCUUGCUGGCCUCUUUGCCAACUCUGGAGUCUCCAGCUCACCUCCCCUCUCAUGGACAGGGAUGCUGCACUCUAACCCUGGAGAUUACGCCUGGGGACAGGGAGGGUUAGACGCUGUGAUAACACAACUACUAGGUCAGCUGGAAAACACAGGACCUCCUCCAGCAGAGAAAGAGAAGAUCUCUUCUCUCCCGACUGUCAAUAUAUCUCAGGAACAAGCAGACUGCUGUAUGGAAUGUCCAGUGUGCAAAGAGGACUUCACAGUUGGAGAGCCAGUCAGACAGUUACCCUGUAACCACUUCUUUCAUUCAGACUGUAUAGUGCCAUGGCUGGAAAUGCAUGACACAUGUCCAGUGUGUAGGAAGAGUUUGAACGGUGAAGACAGCAGCAGCCAGCCCCCAUCAGAGUCCCCCUCCCUCUCCAUGGACCCUCGCACACAGGAGAGAUGGUCCUUCUGAGACGCCCACCUGUUUCAUCCCUCCGUUCUCCCUGCCUACGUUCACCAACACAUCGGGAAGACAAAACGCUUCUCUACUUCCCUCUCUUCAUCUCUUUUGCAGUUGUAAUCAUCUCAGUCUAUUGUUUCUUUUGUAUUUUUAUUUUCUGUUUCAAUGCCUUUCUCCUCAACCACGUACACAGAUACCUGAACAGACGUCUUAACACUCAGUUGAGGUCUGCUAGAUCUCUAGUUUUUUUUUUUUUUUGCCUCAUAACAAACCAGCCUAGAUUGAUGAUGAUGAUGAUGAUGAUGAUGAUGAUGAUGAUGAUGAUCAAGAUCAAGCCCAUGUCUGCUCUACUUCUACUCCUUUUCCAUCUUUCAUGAAAUGCACUGCUCCAAUACACUCUUCUGAGGAAACUUUAUAUCAUAAACCAUUCACUCUCUAGUCACUUAAAGAUUCACUAAAACCUGCAGCUGAGCCCUGUAUGGCAUAUUGGAAUAUAAUAGGUUUGGCAUUUACAGAGCCUGGGCCUAACAACAUGAACACCUGCACCCCUGCAAUAAAAUAUAGUUAUUAAGGGUAUAAUGUAUUUUUUUGUUGACAUAGUUUCAGGAGGAUGUUGAUUGGACAUUGGUUAUUUAAUUGGUAGUUUUCAUUUGGAUUGCAUUGUCAGGGUGUUGAUGUUAUUGCGUCCAUCCUCUGUAGUGUUGCUAUUUGAAAAACAACACAAGCGAGUACUUUAGUACUGCUUUCGGAACUCUGACAUCAAAUGGAAGAAAAGGAUUCCUCACAACUUGUGGACUCUUCUACAUUUAAAAAUAAACAGCAAGGGAACGAAAUAAAAUAUCUAUGGAGCUCAACCCAUUAUCUAAUGCUUUAGGUUCCAACAUAUUCCUCCUUGUGUAUAUAUUACAAACAGAUGGCAUCCCUCUGUCAUUCUACCCUAUUGUUUAUGACUUGUCUUUUGUUUCACAUUUUUAUCACUUUUUUUGAUGUAAAUAAUUUUAGUCCAACUACUUACGGUUUGCAAAGGAAAAAACAUUGAGAAUGGAGAAACAAAUGUGAAAUACCUGGUUAUUGAAACUGUAUAUUAUAUAUAUGGGAAAAAAUGUCUAUGAGGUAUUAAUAAAUUACAAACAUUUAAAAA